AUGUGCCAGAAUAACUCAACAUGCGACGCGUCGACCGGAAAGUGUAACUGUUCAGCCGCCCCCGGGUGGACGGGAUCUUUCUGUGGGAAAGAAUGUGAUACUGGUUCUUUCGGCAUAGAUUGCCAACACACUUGCACGUGUAGCGAAAACCAGACAUGUGACCAAUUGACCGGCCGGUGCACCUGCAUGUCGGGACUAAUUGGUCCAAACUGCACAGAAGCUGAACCGAAUCAUCCUGACACAGUCAAAUCAAAUAAUUUUCCAACGGGUGCCCUUACAGGGGGAGUUAUUGGUGUUAUAGUGUUGGGUGUUGCUGUCGUUAUAACUGUCUUUGUCACACGAAGAUUAUUACGAAGUGAAGCACAAGGCCACAACGACGAGCGAGAGAAUACAAACCUUGGAGGGGCAGCGACUCAACUCGGACUAUACGAAACAUUGAAUACCGCCAGCAUGGAGGAACGUGACAGGGAUACCUACGCAGUUCCAUUUACGACAGGGCAAGCUGGAGUGCCAGAGAGUGACAAUUACGAAAAUAUAAUAACUAAUUGCAAGCAACAGAGCAACAAUUAGUCAGGAUUCUCCUUCAUACGCAAACACGAUGAUAACAUCGGUCAGAAAAUAACAACACAGGUCAAGAAAUGCGAACUCAUGUUAAGGAAUGACAUUAUAAUAUUUAUUGCUUUAGGCCAUGACAAUUGAUCAUUUGUUCUACGGAUUUUGCCAAAAAAAGUCGGAGCGAGUGAGCGAAUAAAAAACAACAACUUUUUUUUAAAUUUGAGGCAAUUUA